AUCUAUUUGCUAAAGAUCUUUCUCGUUACCUCUGACUGUGAAUAAAUCAUAGCGAGCGGCCUACUCCAAUAGUCGGUAUUUAUUCAUGCUGUCUAGUUAGGAUGCUCGCUAGGCUUCGUGACACAGACUCUGUGUAUGUGUCUCUCUCUCUCUCGAGACUAGUUGUUAGGUAACAUCCUCUGGAUUAAACCGGGGAAAGUUGUUUCCUGAACUCUUGGUGCAGUUUGUAGGUUUGUUGAAGGCCAACCCUGCUGCGCUCAGACAGGAAAAGGAAGACGGAUGCGGGCGAAGGGAGGAAUAUCGAAACGAAAGGAUCUCAUCGAGCCUAAUGACGUUAAGCCAUGGAGGUGUCGGAGACGCCAGCAUCGCGCUGCGAAGACAACAACGGAUCUGAAGAAGAUCUCCAGACCCAACUAAUCGAGUGCAGAGCUCAGCUGGAACACUGGCAGGGUGUGGCGAAGAUCUGCGAGCUCAGCAAAGGGGAAGAGUUGCAGGAACUGCAGAAACAAUGUGACCAGGAGAUUCAGUCAUUGCAGGAGGCUCUGAGAGAAACCGCUGCUCAGUAUGAAGCCAGAAUAUCUGCUCUUCAGUCUGAGCGUGCCCAGUGGAGAAAAUCUGCUGUGCUCCAUGACAGCAAGGGUGGUUUCAAAAAGGGCAAAGGGGAGGCUUCCUUUCCCCCCAAUGAAGCACUACAGGGUGGCUCUUCACCUCCACGGGGCACUGACCAUGAGAGCACAGGCUCAGACUCUGAUCCACUGGAGCUGCUGUCAGAGAUAUCAGAUACAGAGACGACUGGAUUCAUGAUGGACUAUUUUCCCUCUCACUGUGACUCUGCAUCCCUCUCAUCGUUCUCUCUGGACACACCCUCUUUGCCCAGACAUCCGCCCCCUCAGGAUGACACCGCCUCUAUUGUUUCCACAGGAACACUGGUGCCUGAAGCGAUCUACCUGCCACCACCAGGGCACAGGCUGGUCUCACAUGUGGACUGGGACAAACUGCAAACACAGCUUGAAGAGUUCAAAGAGGAGGUGAAAGAGCUUAGAAAGCAGAAAACUGAGCUGGAGAGAGAACUCUGUGUGCAAAGCAUAGAGACACAAAAACAGUUGUCAGCGCUUCAGUCUCAAGUACAAACAUCUGAAGCCCUCCUCCAAGACCUACAAAAAUCUUUUAGCCAGUCGCAAAGUGCCGUUCAGAGCAGAUUGGCAGAGCUGUCUUACUCUCAGAAGAGAGUUUGUAAUGAGCUAUCCAAGUUGAAAGGUGAAGAUAGUGAGAUUGAUGAAAGCACUGAAGAUACCCUUUCCUCCCUUAGUCCAACAUUACAGGCGGCUCACUGUGAGGAGAGGCUUCGUAUUGAAAUCGUGAACCUACAGGAACAACUAGAGACACGCACAGAGGAGAGCGAUGUUGUAGAAGUCAAGCUUGCAAGCCUGAAAGUAGAGGCGGACCGUAUUCAGAGCCAAAAAGAAAAGUUGGAUGCUGAGCUGCAGGAGUGUCGCAUAGAGGUGCAAGGUCUGCGUGUGGCGCUCUCUCACCUUCAGAAAGAAAAUAGAACACUCAUUCAUGCGAAGACUGCGUUGCAACAGCAGUGUUUAGAGCUACGCAGUCAGGUGAUCAGUCUGCACACUCAGAUGGACACUAGUCAGACUGUACAGAAGGAUUUUGUCCAGCUGUCGCAGUCACUGCAGGUGAAACUGGAGCAGAUUCGUCAAGCCGAGUCAUUGAACCAGGUCAAGCACAUCUUAGGGGAGGUGAUUGAAGAAGAUACGGAUUCAAAAACAGAUGCCACAUGAAACAAUAAAGGAACAGGUGACUUUUUGCAGACCAAAGUGAAGAGACUCUGGUGGGUAGAUGAGAUGGGCUACCCUCGUAGUGAAAUGAUGAACUAAAUGGCCAGUCCUGCGCUCCUUGGUCAACAAAAGCUUCCAAUGAACUCGAACCAUAUGAGCUAAACUUAAUUUCAUGUUGAAUCUGGUUUUGCUAAUACCUGAAAAGUGUGAAAUGUUAAUACACUGACUACUGUCUAUACUAGACUUAAUGAUAUUGCAGUGUCAUUUUUAUCACCAUGAUAUAAUGUUGGCUUUCCUAAAGCACACAGACUGAUAUAUUAUUUAGAGUCAGCUUUAACCAGCCAAAUGAAGGCAGAAAAUGCUGUAAUGGUUGUCCAUUCAGUCAUUGGUAUGAGCCAGUGAGCAGUGUAAGAUCAUUUUUAUGUUAACACUAAGUUUCCACGGGGUGGUUUCCCGGACAGGGUUUAAGCCUAGUCCCAGACUAAUUUAAAUGUGAAAGGUGUCUUGAUCAAUUUGCUCUGAAAGAUCUUAAAAUAUAAUAGUAGGAUUUGUCUCAAGAUGCACAUCAGUAAUGUUUUUUUGUAAAGUUUGUUUUAAAAAAUGACUUAAAUAUUAUAAUUUAACUAAGGGCUAGUCCUGGUUUAAACUAAUCCCGGAAACCUUCCUUAUGUGUCUUUGAAUAGUCGUAAUACCUUUUAAUACAUGUGAUGAAUGAAAACAAACCAGAGUGUGUUGUGUGUGAUUGAAAUAACAUAAGAUGAAAUAACAUAAGGUAAAAGACAACACUCUUAAAUACACAUCUUUAUUUUAAGAAUAGCAUUAUCAUAAGAAUAUACUGUCAAUAACAUUGUUUAUUAAAUUAAGCCUUAAUACAUAUACAUAACACUUAAAUAUUUGUUUCCUUUCUUUUGUAAGGUUGCACAUUUUUAACCCUGGUUUUCACUGAUUCACAUUGAUACACUCCUGGCAUAUUUUUUUCUUCUUCUGGAGUGUUGAUGUACUUAGAUGUUCCUCAUAUCUUCUGUUUUUCAGUCCCACUUUUUGGACACUAGAUUAUCGUCUUUCUCUGUUGAAGAAAGUAGGUGAAAUGAGAUGGGAUCUGUUCAUAUGAUUCAUAAAAUAAAAAAUCCAGGAAACACAAUGACUGGACUUUCAAAUGUAACUAGAUAGAAAUAUUUUAAAACACUGAUUGUGAAUAUUUUUCUUAAUAUUCUGUGUUAACCAAAUCAGGUCAGUCUCUUUAAAUUAAUAUAAAUCUGAUGUUAGGUAGUGUUUGUAUAUUUUGUAAGUCAUGGUUUCAAAUGUUUUUGAUCAGUCAGCUGUCUGACAGCAUAAGCAUCAGGCUCAAUUGUAUUAUUUACACACCCAUGCAUAUGUGUUUGAAACCCCUCCCUCAUAUAAAAUUCUAUAUACUACUAAUUUAAUAAAUACAGUGAAUUCAGAUGCA